CAAAAUAUUUUUAUUGUUAAUUUUCAUUUUAAUCAAUAUUGGCUCAUUCCAAAUGAAAAAUCUCAUAUGGCAAUGUUUGUACCGUCAAAAAGGGAUUUAAUAUUAAGUGCACUUAAGACUGGUGAUUUACAUUUUAUACAAACUGAAAAUGGUGAACGUGUUGGAAUUUUAGAAGGGCAUACAAAACCUGUUAAAUAUAUUUCAUUCUCGAAUGAUUGUUGUUGUUUAACUGCAUCCGAACAACAAGCUAUCAUAUGGAAUUUAAGAUCGAAUACUCAAAUUCAUCAUUUACAACUUGAAAAUAGAACAACGGCUUUUAAACAUAUUUGUUUUGUACCCGUUUCAUUUAAUAUUUUCGCCUGUUACAACGACGAUGUCAUACAUGUUUGGAAAAAUAAUACCUUUAAAACAAUACAAGAUAUUCAUCCGUCAACGUGGAAAGGAAGGAAUGUUAAUUCAAUUGCAUUUACAAGAAAUGGUCGAGCACUAGUUAUAGGAGGUAGAAUGCCAUAUUUGGUUGUAUUUUCAAUAGAUACAUGGACUAUAGAUAGAAUUAUUCAUUUACCAACUGAAAUUAAUGGUGUACGUCAAAUAUUAUUCAUACCACAAUUAUUUGAUGGUGGCUCAAAUAGAAUUUUAGGUAAAGCUGUUAAAAUUAAAAAAAUAGAUAAUGGCUUAGAAAUAAAUCGUCUUAUUGAUGUUCUAAAACAAUUUGGUGAAUAUCCAGCUGAUUAUCGUACUCUUAUUUGGAAGAUUAUUUUAAAAAUACCUGAAAAUCAAACAGAAUUUACAAGUUUGGUGUCAAGGGGAUAUCAUCCAGCUUUCAGAAACCUUGAAGCAAAAUAUCCUUUAGAAAGUCAUCUAUCUAUAAUGAAUUUAAAACGUAUACUAUCCGUUUUAGCCAAUUGGUGCCCAUUGUUCAGUCAAGUGGAAAAUUUUCCUUUAUUUGUAUUUCCAUUUGUAAGAGUCUUUCAUAAUGAUCCGCUUAUUAAUUUCGAAGUGGUUCUAACAAUAAUUAUGAAUUGGUGUCAAUAUUGGUUCGAAUAUUUUCCAUUUCCACCAUUAAAUUUAACUUCCAUGAUCGAAAACAUAUUAGCCGAUCAAGAUCCAUUACUUUUAAAACAUUUAAACGAUUAUGGUGUAAGUUCCGUGUUGUAUGGUUGGUCAUUAUUAGAAACAGCAUUUUCAGAAAUAAUGACUCGAUCCGAAUGGCUACAAUUUUGGGAUCAUGUUAUUAGCAACGACACAUCAUUUUUAACAAUUGCCACUGCCGCUUAUAAUAUUUAUAAACGUUCAACAAUUAUGUCUUUUAAAUGUUAUGAACAAUUUGAAUAUUUUUAUCACAAUCAGAAUACAAUUAAUAUGAAUACAUUUAUCAAACAAUGCUAUCAAUUAUUUCAUAAAAUUGAUCACGAUAUACAUCCUGCGAAAUAUUUUCAAGAAUUUCAACCAUUACAAAAAGAUAGUUAUCCAUCUUUUACAUGCUAUCCAAAGCAAAUGAUUGAUUAUCAAACAGAGAAUAUUAAUAAGAUGCGUGAGCAAGAAAUGCAAUUAGAGAAUGAAGAAUUUGAAAUUAUUGAAAAAAAAGCUGCACAAUUAGCGAAACUUAAGCAACAAAUCCGAGAGAAUGAAAAUGAUAUUCGAAUGAAAAAUUUACAACAAACGUAUAAACAAUCAUUAGAAGAGGAACAAAAUCGAUUAACUGAACGUCAUUGUAAAUUAAAUAAAUUAAAACAGGAAUUGCAUGAACGAGAAAUAGCAAUAUUGAAUGAAACCAAGCAACGAUUAAUGGAACAGAAUGUGGAAGAACGAAGUUCAUUCCUAGACCGUACUAUUGAUCAAAUGGAUAGAACUCGUUACUUUAAUGAAAUGCAUGAUAAAAGUAUUGAACAACAAACAAUUCAACGUAAUCAAGAAUUGUUUAAACAACGAGAAUAUUUAAAACAUUUGUUGAGUAUUAAAUUCGAUGAAUAUCAAACUUUAUGGCCAGAACAUACCGCUAUUCAGCAACAGCAAGAACAAAUAUCUAAAUCGUUUGAUGAGAUUUUGGACACAACAAAAGAAGAUCGUUAUUUGCAUCAACUGAAAUUAGCGGAUAGAAUUACAAUACUCGAUAAUACCCUUCAACAAGUUGAAUUAUCUUUAGCUAGAGAAAUGGCAUCACGACAAAAUCUACUAAUAUCAAAUCAUUCAAAAGUAAAAAAUUCUGAAUUAGAAUUAAUUACAAACAAAUUAGAAAAUGAUGUGGCAAGUUUAUUAGAAAAGUUAGCUGAACAUAGAAUACAUGAAACACAAACACGUUUAAAGGAAAUAUCAUUAAGUGCAAAGGACCGUGAACAACGAAAUUUAGAUAAUAUUACUUUUAUUAACAAAGAUUUAUCAUCAAUACAAAGUACUGAUUAUUCUACGGAAUCUACAAGCUCUGAUACAAAUACUAAUAGUUACCCUGAUAAAGUUCAUUGACGAUGAUUUUUUUGUACAUUUUAUACUA